AUGUUCACACGGCUCUCGGCGUCGCUGCGGCGGGGCCACGCCGUAGGGGCGGCGCGGCAUACGGCCCUUUUUACCUCCUGGCGGCAGGCCAGCGGUGGGGCGGGAAAACGGCAGUCUCCGCGACGUCCCUCGCAGCAGAAGCAGCGACGUGCGGCGAGUGCGGCGACCUCCUCCGACGCGUUGGCGAGGGAGACGGAGCGGCUGCUGGCGCGUGCCGUGGCGCCGCCGCUGUCGAUGUCGCCGUCGGUGGUGUCCCCGCCGGCGACGCGGAGACGACGGCCGAGCGACACGCUGGGCGGGAGCGCCGCCACCGCUAGCCGCGCCGCGGGGAAGGAGGAGGAGGAAGCAGGCGGGGACGCCGCGGUGCCCGGGCAGAGUGCGCCGGCGGCGGUGGCGGGCACGAAGCCAAAGACGACGACGGAGACGAAGCGGACGCGGGGGAGGGCGGAGGACGGGGCUCAGCGGCGGCCCCUGACGCCUGCGGCCCGUGGCAUAGACGUGCGCGUAGAGGCGGAGGAGGCGGAGGUGGACGAGGAAAGCGAGCAGCUCAUGCGGCUCCUGCUAGAUGAGGCGACGCGGCGGCAGCAGCAGCGGCGCGGCGCGGCCCCCGACUGCCGGGAGCCGGAGGACAACCUCUGCGAGGAGGAAGAGCGGCUUGCGCAGCUGCAAGGGGGGCGCCGCGCCCACGGGGGCGAAGAUGCACCCGCGGUGACAGACCAGCCGACCGCGUCGCUGCCGGAAGACGCGGCGAAGGACGACGACGCCAACUGCGUGGACGAGCUCAGCGGGGAGCAGGGCCGUGCGGUGGAGCUGGCGCUGCAGCGCCGCAACUUGUUUGUCACGGGCGGUGCCGGGACGGGCAAGUCGCUCGUGAUUCGCGAGAUUGUGCGGCGGAUGCGGCAGGACGGUCGCCGCUCCGUCUUUGUCACGGCCACAACAGGGGUGGCGGCCCUGAACGUGCGUGGCUCGACCAUUAACAGCUUCGCCGGCGUGAAGUUCGGCGAUGGCGCGGCGCGGGACCUGCUGAAGUGGGUGCGCCGCAACCGCCGCGCCGCGGGGCGGUGGAAGUACUGCCAGACCCUCAUCAUCGACGAGAUCUCCAUGAUGGACCCCGAGCUGCUCGACAAGUUGGACUUCGUCGCCCGCGCAAUACGCCGCCGCGCGGACGAGCCGUUCGGCGGCAUUCACGUCAUCCUCUGCGGGGACUUCCUGCAGCUGCCGCCCAUUCCGCCGCGCCAAGGCCUGUGGUCCCAGCCGCAGCCGCAGGGCGAGGCCGCGGCGACGGACCGGGCCGAGGCCGGCGAAGCGGCGGAGGCGCGGCCCCAGAAGCGGUACUGCUUCGAGGGGGAGGCGUGGCGGGCGCUGGGGCUGACGACGGUGGUGUUGCAGCAGAAGUUCCGACAGAGCGAGGACGCCGACUUCCAGCGCGUCCUCGACGACGUGCGGCUCGGGGUGCUCUCGGCGGAGACGCAUGCGAUGCUCAUGUCCCGCGCCGUCGCGGGGGCGACGAGAGCGAAGCCCCGGAUAAGCGGCCGCCACGCCGACUCCCCGCACGAUGCGGCGCCGGCGGAGGGGGACGGCGAGAGGUACGUGCGGCUCUGCGCCACGAACAAGGAGGUGGAGGCCCGCAACGCAAAGUACUUCGCCGCACUGGAGCCGCAGGCGCGCUACGCCGGCGAUGCGAACGAUGACGGGGAGGAGUUGGAAGAUGAUGUGCGUCCCCUGCAGGUUUACCGCGCGCUCGACAACUACGCCGAGGACGACGCCGCCCCCGGCCCGCCGUCGUGGGUGAAGUUCGAGGACAGCACCCUGCCCACGGAGCUGGAGCUGAAGGUGGGCGCCCGUGUGAUGCUGCUGCAGAACAUAUCACUCCACCUGGGGCUGGUGAACGGGUCGGUUGGCGAGGUGACCGGCUUUCUGCACCCGCUGGAGCUUGUCGAGCUCGUCCUGCGGGCGCCCCGUGAGCGGCACCACGUCUCCGCCCGCGGGCAGGAUCUGCUGCGCCGCGGUGGCUUCCCCACAAUCAACGAUGCCUUUCGCUGCGUGGACACGUCACUGGGGCAGUCGCUUUUUUGGUCGCUGCGCCAGCGCGGUCUGCGGCAGCCGGCGGAGGUGAGCUACGGCAGCGUCUACGGCAACGCACACCACCGGGAACUGCAGCAGCUCGUCGGCGUCUCGCCGCGGGCCUCCGUGCACCCGCUGGAGCUCUACCUUGGCGGCAUCCCGCCGCCGCAGCUGCGCCGCACCCGACUGCCGGUGGUGAAGCUGGACCUGCAGCCGCAACACCUCCCCCUCGGCACCGGUGCGGCGGCGGGGACAGGCGGCGUGCGUCUGCCGCGGCACGUCUACGCGUUUGUGUCGCCCUACUCUCACCGGUGGUACAUGGGCGAUCAGGUGGUCGCGACGCGCACGCAGGUCCCGCUGCGGCAGGCCUGGGCCAUCACGGUGCACAAGGCCCAGGGACUCACCAUCUCUCACGUGGAGGUUGCGAUGCACCGCUUCUUUUCACCCGGCCAGGCGUACGUCGCACUGAGCCGCGGCACGCAGCUGGAGAACAUCCGCCUGCUGAACUUCAAGGAAAACAGCAUCCGCGCCUGCCCCGUCGCAAAGGGCUUUUACGCCGCGCUAGCGACCGCAGAGCGGGGCGUGGACGAGGCUGACGUCUGCGUGGACUGA